CACAGCCCACCGUUCGUGUGUCUCGACGAAGACGGAGGAGAAGAGAAGCGAAUGGUUACGGUUUCCCUCUCGACAAAACCAACCUCGCCCUCUCUCCUCCAUUCCCUUUCCUCUUCCUCUCAUCCCCUCUCAAUCGGAUCCCUGAUUCCCCCGACCGAACCUAGUCCAUCGAUCUUUUUACUCCGAUCGGAUCGGGUCAUCCAUGGAGGCCAAGGAGAUACGCCUGGAGCCCAUCGUCGACGAGAGUUUCGCCCCCCGCCGUCGCCGCUACUUCGACUGCCUUUGGACCCCUUGGUCCGCCCCCGGCUCCUCCUCCGCUGAGUCGUGGAAGCAAAUCCACGAUGUCGGCGGCCGGCACGAAGGCCGGUGGUGGAGCCGGGUGUUUGGCGCGGCGCUGACGAGGGUGCGUGAGUGGUCGGAGCUGGUGGCCAGGCCGCGGUGGAAUGCCUUCAUCCGCCACUUCAGGCGCCACCGGCACGGCGGCGGAUGGAGGGUAGCGUCGGCGAGGUUCCAGUACGACCCCUUAAGCUACGCUCUCAACUUCGACGAGGGCCACGGGGAGUGCCCCGAGGAGGAGUACAUGGGCUACCGCGACUUCUCCACCCGGUUCGCCUCCCCGCCGGCAUCGGCCUAGUCGCCCAUCGAUCUCCUACACUCCGCCCCUCGCCGGCCUACGGAGGAGUUUCCGGGGACAGGUUGGUGUGCGCACGUUAGUGACGGUCUCUAUUUGCCUUUUCUCAACUGAAAGUAUAUAAAUAUAAAUAAAUAUAUAUAUAUAUA